GAUAAUUGAAAUCGUCGAAUAGGCAGUGUUUACCCCCGGCAAAGAAUUAUCAAACGUGAAGUGACUUGACUAGAUUACGCAAGAUAAUCACUGGUCACAUGUAAUCUGUUAAAUCAGAUUCGAUAGAAAUCAUAGACCGUCCACUUCGCGCGUUAGUAGUUUGAGGUCUGAUAGCAAGACCACAACUUAUGUUCACAAGUGACGAGAACAUUGCUGGUGUUUGGAUGCGAAAUACAAUAAAUAACCGCGGCUGAAUUGUUAUAUAAUUAGUAUCGUGGUCAGUGUAGAAGAAAAGACAAUAAAGACAAUAAAGAAGUGUUUUCAAUCAUGUCGGACUCAAAUGAUGCAAAAUCUUCAGGUGAAUACCGAGUCGAGAGUGACACGUUUGGCGAACUAAAAGUACCCGCAGACAAAUACUAUGGAGCUCAAACGAUGCGUUCAAAAAUCAAUUUCCCGAUUGGUGGACGGACGGAACGAAUGCCCGAACCAGUCGUGAAAGCCAUGGGUAUUUUGAAGAAAGCAGCCGCUGAAGUCAACAAGGAAUACGGUCUUGAUGCAAAAGUUAGUGAUGCCAUCUCAAAAGCAGCUGAUGAUGUUAUUUCGGGCAAAUUAUAUGAAGACCACUUCCCGUUAGUUAUUUGGCAAACCGGGUCUGGAACUCAAACAAAUAUGAAUGUGAAUGAGGUAAUCAGCAACCGAGCUAUUGAGCUUUUGGGUGGAAAAUUGGGAUCUAAAAAUCCCGUACAUCCCAACGACCAUGUAAACAAAUCACAAAGUUCAAACGAUACUUUCCCAACUGCCAUUCAUAUUUCCGUUGCAAUGGAAUUGAAUUGCAAUUUAAAGCCCGCAUUGAAGAUCUUGCAUGACGCUCUGAAGCAGAAAUCGGACGAGUUUAAGGAUAUCAUUAAAAUAGGAAGAACUCACACCAUGGAUGCCGUUCCUCUAACAUUGGGUCAGGAGUUCAGUGGUUAUGUUCAACAAGUAGCCUACGCAAUCGACCGUGUCGAUGCAGUCUUGCCCCGUGUCUAUGAACUCGCCUUAGGUGGCACAGCCGUUGGUACUGGUUUGAAUACAAGGAUUGGAUUUGCGGAAAAGUGUGCAAAGCGCAUUGCCGAGUUGACUUCAAUGCCAUUCGUUUCUGCCCCAAACAAAUUCGAAGCCUUAGCCGCUCGCGAUUCAAUGGUUGAAGUUUCGGGUUGUCUGAACACAAUCGCCACUAGCUUCAUGAAAAUAGCCAACGAUAUUCGUUUCUUGGGUUCUGGACCACGUUGCGGCUUGGGUGAAUUGAGCUUGCCAGAAAACGAGCCAGGCAGCUCAAUUAUGCCGGGCAAAGUGAACCCAACACAAUGCGAAUCUCUAACAAUGCUCUCGGCACAAGUGAUGGGUAAUCAUGUUGCCGUGACGAUUGGUGGAUCAAACGGACAUUUCGAGCUGAAUGUGUUCAAGCCUUUGAUUGUUUCUAAUGUUUUACGAUCAAUUCGAUUGCUCUCUGAUGGUGCGAGAACAUUCACUUCCAAUUGCGUGGUAGGCAUCAAACCUAAUCGGGAUCGCAUUGCUAAAAUCAUGCAUGAAUCGCUUAUGUUAGUCACCGCACUCAAUCCACACAUCGGCUACGACAAAUCUGCGCAAAUCGCAAAGAAGGCACACAAGGAAGGAACUACUUUGAAGGAAGCCGCCAUUGCUUUGGGACAUUUGACUGAAGAACAAUUCAAGGAAUGGGUACGACCGGAAGAAAUGUUGGGACCAAAGUAAACAUUUUCAAAGACAAAGACAAAAUAUUCAGACAGUGCUGGACAUCUUCUGUUAACACCUUUCACAAAACGAUAAUUUAACUUCAUUUUGUAAGGAAAUAUUGAUCGGUAAUUAAUAAAAUCAAAUUUUAAAUUAAAA